AUGAAGUUCUCUGCUGGAAUCAUCUUUGCCACCAUGGCCGCAUCUGCCCAAGCCUUUGUCCAACCAUCGGCCUCCUUCUCCACUGCCCUUCGCAUGUCUGACGAGGAACCAGUCGGAACUGAGGAACCUGUCUUCGUUGAGGAAAUCAUGGAGCCAGUUUCUCCAAGCAUGUCUCAAGCUCUUCCUUGGAUGGAACGCCCUUCCGCUCUUGACGGAAGCAUGGUCGGUGAUGUUGGUUUCGAUCCUCUUGGCUUUGCCAAGACUCCUGAAGACUUGCUGAACUACCGUGAAGCUGAAAUCAAGCAUGCUCGUUUGGCCAUGUUGGCUGCCGCUGGAUGGCCACUAUCGGAACUCUUCGAUGCUAAGAUCGCCACCACCUUGGGAUUGAGCCCCGUCGUUGAUGCCACUGAUCGUGCUCCUUCGAUCCUCAACGGAGGAUUGGGCAAGGUUUCCCCUGUCUACUGGCUUGUCUGUUUGGCCGGCGCUGCCGCCAUUGAUGUUAUCGGCAUCAACGCCAAGUCCAAGCCAGGAUACACCCCAGGAAACUUCGGAUUUGACCCUCUCGGUGUCUUCCCCAAGGACAAGGCCGGACAAGAGCGCAUGCAAUUGGCUGAAUUGAAAAACGGUCGCUUGGCAAUGAUUGCCAUCACCGCAUUCGCUGUCCAAGAGUUUGUUUCGAAGGUUGGAGUCGUCGAUGAAACUCCCCUUUUCUUCAAGCCAAUUGCCACAACCAUCCACGAAUACACCAACGCUGGAUACAUCUAUCAUUAG